GAGUGGCGCCUGCGUGAACCAGGUCACGGUGGACUCCAUCACGCCCCUGCACGCAGCCAGUCUGCAGGGCCAGACGCAGUGCGUGCAGCUGCUGCUGGCGGCCGGGGCCCGGGGAGCUCGGAGUGUGUGAGGCUUCUCAUUGACGUUGGGGCCAAUCUGGAAGCGCACGACUGCCAUUUCGGGACCCCUCUGCACGUGGCCUGUGCCCGGGAGCAUCUGGACUGUGUCAAAGUGCUGCUCAAUGCAGGGGCCAACGUGAACGCGGCCAAGCUCCACGAGACCGCCCUCCACCACGCGGCCAAGGUGAAGAAUGUCGACCUCAUUGAGAUGCUCAUCGAGUUUGGGGGCAACAUCUACGCCCGCGACAAUCGUGGGAAGAAGCCGGCCGACUACACGUGGAACAGCAGCGCACCCGCCAAGUGCUUCGAGUACUACGAAAAGACACCUCUGACCCUGUCGCAGCUCUGCAGGGCAGUGGCCGAGGCGGCUGCAACUCAGGCUGCACCCCCCGGUGUGCCCAGCAUCGGGCUGGCGAGGUUCUGCCUGUCCACCUGCAGCAGCGGAUGCUUGGGGCACAUCCACCAUGGGUCAGGUGUGGUUCCAGCGCUUCGAGCUGGGUAGGAAUGAGACCCUGCAGCCAGUCGGGAAAAGAAAAGGCAAAACACAGUCCCGUCCUAUAGUAAUAGAAGAAGUGUUCUAUUGAGUGUCACAGCGUGGAUUCCUCUUAUACUGAGAAGAGCGGCCCUCUGAUUCUGUUGCCGUCUUAUAUACAAGUCCUGUGUAAAUCAGUGUUUCUGCAUGGGAUAGUCAUUUUUAAAAAGCAUCGGAUUCUGCCCAUCCAUCUUUGUAACAGAAUCUUACCUCCAAUGGUGGAAUCUGGUCACGUCUUACAAUAGAGCCCUUAGUGCAGAAUCAGGUCUCCAAUAAAAGUGACUGAAUAAAGUGCA